AUGGGGAAAACCGGAAUCCAGCUGUUCGACGAUUCGAGGAAUGGGUUUUUCUCCGUUUCCGAUUUAGGAUGCGAUUGGAGCCUAAACAGCGCCAAUUACCACCCAGUUGGUGGGUUAUUCGCGAGCGUUAAUCAAACUAAUCCACUGGGAUCCCUCUCGUCUCCGAACAGAGUCGACGACAGCUUCUCUUCCCAGCUCAGUGACAAAGAAGUUACUGGUGAGAAGAAGAAGAAAGGUGGGCUGAAACUGAAGAUAAAGAUCGCUAAUCCUACUUUGCGGCGUCUAUUCAGCGGAGCCAUGGCCGGAGCCGUCUCGAGAACGGUGGUUGCGCCGCUGGAGACGAUCAGGACGCAUCUAAUGGUGGGAAGUGGAGGGAGCUCCUCAACCGAAGUGUUCGGUGAUAUCAUGAAGCAUGAAGGUUGGACUGGUCUCUUCAGGGGCAAUUUGGUCAAUGUCAUUCGCGUCGCACCUGCUCGAGCCGUCGAGCUUUUUGUGUUCGAGACAGUAAACAAGAAAUUAUCACCAGAAAAUGGAGAGCAGUCAAAAAUCCCAAUCCCAGCGUCACUACUCGCCGGUGCUUGUGCUGGAGUUAGCCAAACCCUCUUGACAUACCCUCUCGAACUAAUCAAGACUCGUCUUACAAUUCAGAGGGGUGUUUACAAGGGGAUUUUCGAUGCGUUUGUCAAAAUUAUACGCGAGGAAGGACCCACAGAACUCUACAGGGGUCUUGCUCCUAGUCUCAUUGGAGUUGUUCCGUACGCAGCUACAAACUAUUUUGCGUACGAUUCCUUAAGAAAAGCAUACAGGAGUGUUUCAAAGCAAGAGAAGAUUGGAAACAUUGAGACUCUUCUGAUCGGUUCUUUAGCUGGUGCACUAUCGAGCACCGCCACUUUCCCUCUUGAAGUGGCGCGGAAGCACAUGCAGGUGGGAGCGGUUAGCGGGAGAGUUGUGUACAAGAACAUGCUGGACGCUCUGGUGAGCAUACUUGAGCACGAAGGUAUUCUCGGUUGGUACAAAGGGCUUGGACCUAGCUGCCUGAAGUUGGUUCCUGCUGCUGGAAUCUCCUUCAUGUGUUAUGAAGCUUGCAAGAAGAUACUCGUUGAGAACAAUCACCAAGAAGCCUGA